CCCACCUCUUCUCCAUCACCACCACCGCAACACGUCGCGGCUUUUCCUUCCUGCCUCCCUCUCCACCAGCCAUCAGCCAUCACAGAGAGAGACGCAGAGCGCCCCAAAAAGGUCGAGAUCGUGCUCUGAACCUGACGCCGACGGCGAACCUCACCUCACCUCACCUCACGGACGCCGCAUCCGAUCUGAGAGCCGCGCCGCCCCCCUCCCCCUCGUCGGAAUCUGAUCCCGCACCUUUCCUCACCUAUCUUGUACCCAAGCUCCGAUCCGUCCCACCCAAUGCGGCUAUGAAAUCUCCCCCGCAGUCUACCGCAGCCGCGCCGCAGUGCUGCCUCCACGCCGUAGCUUAGCGCCACCGCCACCGCCACCGCCGACGCCUCGCGCCCCAAACCCCCUCCGCCUCUCGCGCGCGUCGCCGCUCCCGUUCCAACCUCACCGGCAUCGCGAUCUUGGAUAUUCGUUUCUGAGAGCCUGAAAUGGUCAGGGCUUCCUACCAACACAUGAUUAUGAAACAGGCAGGAUCUGAACUGGAUCACACACGUUGAUUUCAUAUGGUUUCGAUGGUUAUGCUUGUGGUGGAGCAUUCCCUCAUUCAUAACAAGAAAUGCAGACCAUCAGCUUAAACAUUAGAAGAAUCAAUUAAACCCCAAGGAUGCGGAGGUUCAAUCCCUUUGGCGGGAAAGCGCAGGCUGGAUUGGAUGGCCGCACCAUUGAUGUAAAAAACGUGAAGAUCACGGUGCGCAAUGCCAUCGCGCAGGGAGGUUUCUCCUGCGUGUAUCUUGCAUGUGAUGCGCUGCACUCGUCAAAGCAGUAUGCGCUGAAGCACAUCAUUUGCAAUGAUUCCGAAUCGCUUGAUCUUGUCAUGAAGGAGAUCCAGGUGAUGAAUCUCCUCAAAGGGCAUGCCAAUGUUGUCACACUGGUUGCCCAUGAUGUUUUUGACAUGGGCCGCACAAAGGAGGCGCUGCUUCUGAUGGAGUUCUGCGAGAAGUCCCUGGUGAGUGCAAUGGAGAGCAGAGGUACUGGUUACUAUGAGGAGAAGAAGGCACUUUUGAUAUUCAGAGAUGUUUGCAAUGCGGUUUUCGCUAUGCACGGCCAGUCACCACCAAUUGCGCAUAGGGAUCUGAAAGCUGAAAAUGUUCUUCUUGGACUAGAUGGUGCGUGGAAACUAUGUGAUUUUGGAAGCACAUCAACAAACCAUAAAUGCUUUGACAAGCCAGAAGAUAGGGGGAUUGAAGAAGAUAUCAUUAGGAAACAUACAACGCCUGCAUAUAGAGCCCCUGAGAUGUGGGAUCUCUACAGAAGAGAAGUCAUUAGUGAGAAAGUCGACAUUUGGGCCCUGGGAUGCCUUCUCUAUAGAAUAUGCUACUUCAAAUCUGCAUUUGAUGGAGAGUCAAAGUUGCAGGUCCUUAAUGGCAACUAUCGCAUUCCAGAGCAACCGAAGUACAGCACUAGUGUCACAGGGCUGAUCAAAGAUAUGCUUGAAGCCUCUCCAAAUGCCAGACCAGAUAUCACGCAGGUCUGGUUUCGUGUUAAUGAACUACUGCCUCCCGAGUUACAGAAAAGUUUACCUGAUGGGGCCUCAGCAGCCAUUUCUAUGGGCUUGCAAGAUGAAGGUGCUUAUAAAAGGACACAUGUGGCGCCUAAAAGGAGCCCCCCUCCGCCUCCAAGAGGACAAACUGAUAGUUCAUCAUCUCAUGGAAGUGCAAAUGCAGCAGAUGCACCUCUAGGUGCAUUCUGGGCGACACAACAUGCACAGGGCUCUCAAGUUGCUGAUAAUAAGAAGCCUAUGUUCGACGAGGAACCAAUUAAACCAUCACCUUCAUCAAAGUAUAACCAAAGCAGGGUGGAUAUCAGCAGCAGUACCCCUGGAGAUAGGCAUGGUCAUUCUGGUCAGGCUUUGCGAAAUACAACAAGUAACAUUGUUUCCAGUAAUGGACUUAUGGGUGGUUCGGACACAAAUCUUUUCAUGGAACCACAAAGUUCUGUAAAAAAUAAAGCAUCACAAUCACAAAGCAAGACAAUAUCUGGGAAAGAUCCCUUCCACAGUUUUGUCGCAGACUUUGAUGCAAACAAUCUGCAUUUGGGGACCGCUGCUACUGGUAAGACGUCUGAGCUUGAAGCUGAAGUGUCCAAUCUGAAGGAGCAGUUGAAGAAAACCACACUGGAGAAGGCUGAGAUGACGGCCAAGUAUGAAAAGCUGUCAGCAAUCUGCCGCUCUCAGCGUCAGGAAAUCCAAGAGCUGAAGCGCACUGUUGCUGAGACAACACCGCCACCUUCAAGUAAAGUCAGCUCAAGGAUACCAGAAUUUGGAUCUCAGCGAAAGGAGAAGAUCGAAGGGACGGUGUGGGAGCUUGAGCAAGGGAUGCUUGCAGGCAACUCGUCGUUACCCAGCUCCGAGGCAAAGACAUGGCAGGCAUUUCCAGAGGCAAAGGCUCAGGCCAGGCCAAAGGUCGACCAUGCAACCAAUGGGAGGCAAAACUUGACGAGGACCACAAAUGCAGGGCCUUCCCCUGAUGCGUGGGGUUUCAGCACAUCAUCGGGGAGUACUGCUGCUGCAGCACAGAUCAACAGAACAAGUGCGCAGGGGAGUUCCUCCCAGAGAUUCAGCACCGGGGUAGCGAAGAAAGUAGAUCAGCCAUCAGGAUGGGCUGGAUUCUAGCUUCUCAUCAUUGUGCGGUAAUCUCGAUUCUCCGGGUUCUGUUUGCACAAUAUCCUGUGCUACUGCCAAUUGCGAAGGAUGAGAUGAGUCGUGAUUCUUGCUUGCCGAAAAUUGGUUUAUUUUAACUCUGUCCAUAGUUGGCUGAGCCGACCUGGACAUCGGUUUUCUGGGGUCAUUUGUCAUUAACUUGUUAAUAAAUCUAUAUGUUUAUAGAUGUAUAUUUACGUGUACCUUGUAUGAUCAUGUGGAACUGUCGAAACAUCCCCUUUAACUUGUUGUGCGUGAUAUGGAAGAAAAACUUAUGUUUAAUA